GCGUCGUGACGUCAGAGGCGGGCGCGUCAGGUAGGGGGAAGCCGCGAGCCGAGACUUCCUCGACGGCGCUGACAGGGGCGAGCGGGGCCUUGGGCGAUGGCGGCGAUGGGCAUGCCGGACGCGAGCUUCUUGUGGGGCGUCUUCCAAAGGGUGGACAAGGACCGCAGCGGGGUCAUCUCCGACGGCGAACUCCAACAGGCGCUCUCCAACGGAACAUGGACUCCAUUUAACCCAGCAACAGUCAGAUCCAUCCUAUCCAUGUUUGACAGAGAAAACAAAGGUGGCGUGAACUUCAACGAAUUCAGUGGCGUCUGGAAAUACAUCUCAGACUGGCAGAACGUAUUUCGCACGUAUGACAGAGACAAUUCUGGAAUGAUCGACAAACACGAAUUAAAGCAAGCACUAACAGGUUUUGGUUAUCGCUUGUCUGACCAAUUCUACGAUCUCCUUAUUCAGAAGUUUGACAGACAGAGAAGAGGCCAAGUGGCUUUUGACGACUUCAUUCAGUGCUGCGUGGUCCUGCAGAAAUGGACAGAUAUCUUCAGACGCUACGAUACUGAUCAGGAUGGCUGGAUUCAAGUGUCUUACGAACAAUACCUUUCUAUGAUCUUCAGUGCUGUAUGACUGCGAAUACUGUUGCAAGGAUGUGGACUGAAUUUGCCAAUUUCCUUACGUACAAAGUAUCAAAAAUGUCUCAUUCUUAAAUGUUGUAUAUGAAUGGGUUAGAAAAAAAAUCAGGUGACUAAUUUACCUUUUAAAAAAUUCAAAUCAUGGCCACAAUAGCUGCAGCUGCAAAAUUUCAGCACUAUCAUGUUCAAUGUUUUUGAAAACGUGCAUGAAGUUUCAAUGCCAAAUCAAUAGUGCCCAAACUUGCACAAUAUUGCAUGUGCCUUUUUCUAACAGAGAAUAUUAAAACAGAUUGUCUAGAAAUAUGUCCUGUGUUCAUAGCAAGCAUGUUGUUAUAUUGGGGAGGGGACAAUAGCUCAGUGCCCUUGAAAAUUCCUGCCACUUGGGUUCAGGCAUGGUGGGCUGCAUCUGUGUCCAUUUCAGUAAUACUGUGUAUGUAUAGCUCCUACAAGCAAGGAUAGAUGUUUCUUUGCAGCUACUUCCAGUAGCUGCGCAUGUGCUGUGCAUACAACAUGCAUGCUGAGAGAAGGGAAUGAAGUUUAGCUCUAGGGCUUUACUGUAGCCAAAACAAUAAUGUAAAGGUAGCUGAAGACUACCAGAUAUACUUCUAUUUUGCUUUUCAAAUUUUAAUUUUUAUAACAUCCACUUGAUCUAGACUAACUGGCCAAAGACCUUCUUGGAAGGUGUAGGUACUGAUUUAUAGAAGCCAUCUCUGAUUUUCAGUGUUUUGAAAUACGCAUCUUUGUUAUUGUGCUAUACUUCUGCCAAGCCAUAAAAGACAAACAAUA